UUAACAAUUCAAGUCCAUUCAAAAACUCAUUUACUAAAAAGAAUCUCUCUCUCUCUCUAACCACCCUCCUUGAUCGGCGUCUCCUCCGCCGUUCCCCCAUUUUCCACGGCGUUAGAAACCGCAGAAAUCGUAUUGAAAACGCUACCGCCGGACCAAAAUUUCAGAUAAAGCUGAAUAAUGGAAGUCGAACCUCAGAAGUCGGAAGUCCCAGCUACAAAGGUGGUUGAGGAUACUGGAAAUGAUGUCAACGGCGAUAAGAUCACGAAUGGGGAUGCAACUCAAGUAGAAAAAGAAAUUAAGAACGAAGAGGAGGACAAUGCUCUGGACGGGGAGUUCAUCAAAGUAGAAAAGGAGACUCUGGAGGCGAAGGAUACUCUAGCCAAAACAGCAUCCUCAGAGGAUAAACAAACUAUUGUUGAAAGAAGUUCAAGCAACUCGAGCAGAGAAUUAUUGGAGGCCCAAGAAAAGUCGAGAGAUCUUGAGCGUGAAAUUGAGAGAUUAGCUGGAAGUUUGAAGCAUUUAGAGUCAGAGAAUUCAAGGCUGCAGGAUGAGGUAUCACUCACAAAGCAGAAGUUUGAGGAAAGUGAAAAGAAAUUUGAAGUUCUUGAACUUGAUCACAAGAAAUCGAAAGAGCUAAUUGUUGAGUCUGAAGAGAAACACAAUUCGCAGCUCAUCAGUUUGCAAGAAGCACUGCAAGCUCAAGAAGCAAAGAACAAGGAGUUGAUAGUGGUGAAAGAAGCAUUUGAUAGUUUGACUAAUGAUUUUGAGAAUUCCCGCAAGCAGAUUCAAGAGUUGGAACAAAAACUGAAGAUCUCUGGAGAUGAUGCAUUGAAAUUUGAAGAGCUUCACAAACAAAGUGGUUUGAAUGCUGAAUUGGAGGCAAAAAGAGCAUUAGAGUUUGAGAGGCUUCUUGAAUCAGAAAAACUGAGUGCAAAAGAAAGAGAAGAUCAAAUCUCUUCCCUUCUAGAAAAAAUCAAGGACUUAAAUGACAAGAUUGCUGAAAGCCAAAAGGUAGAAGAAGCACUUAGAACUACAGCAACUGAGCUUUCUGCCGUCCAGGGAGAUCUAGAGCUUUCAAAAACUCAAGUGCUAGACUUGGAGAAGAAACUUUCUACAAAGGAAGGUUUAGUUGAAGAAUUGACUCAGGAGCUGGAAACCCGAAAGGCUUCAGAAUCAAAGAUCAAGGAAGAUAUUUCAGCCGUUGAAAGUCAGUUUGCUUCAGCUAAAGAGGAUCUUCGUGUAAAGUUUUCUGAACUGGAAGAAAUAAGGUUGAAGCUUCAGGAAGAAAUUAACCAAAAGGAAUCUGCUGAAUCUGCUUUAAAAACACUGGAAGCACAAGUCUCUGUUAUUCAAAAGGAACUUGCCGCAGCUAUCAAAGAUAAAGAAGAGCUUGAAGUGACUGUAGCAGAUCUCUCUAGCAAUGCCAAACAAAUGAAAGAUUUAUGCAAUGAUCUUGGGGAAAAACUGAAGCUUUCAGAUGAGAAUUUUGGAAAAGCUGAUACUCUUUUGUCUCAAGCUCUGUCCAACAAUAAGGAGCUGGAAGAGAAGUUGAAGAAUUUGGAGGAUCUCCAUAAUGAAACUGGAGUUGUAGCUCAAACUGCCACUCAGAAGAAUCUUGAACUUGAGGAAAUUGUCCGAGUUUCAACUGCCUCAGCGGAAGAUGCAAAUUCUAGAUUAAGAGAAUUUGAGACCCGAUUUAUAGCAGCAGAGCAAAAGAAUGUGGAGCUCGAACAACAGCUAAAUCUGUUACAAUUGAAAAACAAUGAUGCUGAGAGAGAAUUGACUGAGUUAUCUGAGAAAAUAAAAGAACUUAGUACUAAAUUGAUCAAUGUUGAGCAAGAAAAGCAGCAGCUGAAUGACCAAAAGCAGGAAUAUCAGGAUAAAGUACUGCAACUGGAAUCUGCAAUGGAGAAGUCAACGUCACAACAUCAAGAACUGGAGAAAGAGCUGAAAACCACAAUUGGGAAGUGUUCUCAGCAUGAGGAACGAGCCAACAUGAAUCUUCAACGUAGCAUUGAACUUGAAGAACUGAUCCAGGCAUCUCACAACAAAAUUGAAGUUGCAGAUAAAAGGGUGAGUGAAUUGGAUUUGUUGCUUGAAGCAGAAAAGUACAGAAUUCAAGAGCUUGAAGAACAAGUAAGUACUUUAGAAAAGAAAUGUGGGGAUGCUGAAGCAGAAACCAAGAAAAAUUUUGACCAGGCAUCUGUCCUGGCAUCUGAAAUCAAAUCAUAUGAAGAAAAAGUAGUGAGCCUUGAAACUGCAUUGCACGUUGCCAAUUUAAAGGAAAAGGAAUUAACUGAAUCGCUGGAUAUAGCAACAGAAGAGAAGAAAAAAUUGGAAGAUGCAUUGAACUCGUCCAGCAGUAGGCUAGCUGAAUCAGAAAAUUUGGUGGAAGUUAUAAGGAACGAUCUGAACAUUACUCAAAAGAAACUAGAAAGUAUUGAGAGUGAUCUCCAAGCUACUGGAAUCAGAGAGACUGAGGUGCUGGAAAAGCUGAAAUCUGCGGAGGAGAAACUAGAACACCAAUUACGAACAAUAGAGGAAACUACUGCAAGAAACUCAGAACUUCAGUCAUUACAUGAGUCAUUAGCCAAGGAUUCAGAAACUAAAAUGUUGGAAGCAGUAGCGAAGUUCACCAACAAAGAAUCUGAAGCUAACUCUCUAGUGGAGAAAAUUAAAGUUCUUGAAGAACAAAUAGAAGCUUAUCAGGACCAGAUAUCUGAAACCAAUGGAAGAUCUGCAGCUUUAAAGGAAGAAUUGGAUCAGACUUUGACAAAAUUGACUUCUUUAGAUAGUACAAAUGGUGAACUUAAGAAGUAUAGUUCGGAAAUUGAAAACAAAGUUUCUCAAAUUUCUUCAGAGAACGAAUUAUUAGUAGAUACAAACAUUCAACUGAAAACCAAGGUUAAUGAACUUCAGGAGUUAUUGAGCUCUGCUCUUUCUGAAAAGGAAGCUUCUGAUCAACAGCUUGCUUCUCAUAAGAGCUCUAUUGCUGAAUUAACAGAAAAGCACUCGAGGGCCAUUGAGUUUCAGUCUGUAACAGAAGCACGUCAAGUGGAGAUAGAUCAGAAAUUGCAGGAAGCCACUCAGAAGUUUGAUCAGAGAGAUUCCGAGGCUAAGGACUUGAGUGAGAAACUGAAGACAGCAGAGGACCAGAUAAAAUUGUUUGAAGCAAAGGCUCUGGAAGCUUCUGCAGAUGCUGAAGCUCAUAAGAGUCAGCUAGAAGAGACUCUUUUGAAAGUAAAGCAACUAGAAAGCAUGGUGGAAGAGUUGCAAACCAAGAAAGUUGAUGCUGAACAGGAGAGUGCAGGGCUAAAUGAGGCGAAGUUGAGGCUUACUCAAGAACUGUCCUUAAUUGAAUCUAAUUUGAGUGAUCUCCAGGCCAAGUUGUCAGCUGCAAACGUUGAAAGAGAUGAAACUGCUGAACGGCUUCAGACAACAGAGGGUCAGAUUAAAUUGGUCGAAGCAAAGGCUCUGGAAGCUUCAACAAAUGCAGAAGCUCACAAGAGUCAGCUCGAAGAGACUCUUUUGAAAGUAAAGCACCUAGAAAGCAUAGUAGAGGAGCUGCAAACCAAGGCAAUUAAUGCGGAAAAGGAGAAUGCAGGAUUAAGUGAGGCAAAUUUGAAACUUACUCAAGAACUGGCCUUAAUUGAAUCUCAUUUGAGUGAUCUCCAGGCCAAGUUGUCAGUUGCAAACGUUGAAAGAGAUGAAACUGCUGAACGGCUUCAGACAGCUGAGGGUCAGAUUAAAUUGGUUGAAGCAAAGGCUUUGGAAGCUUCUACAAAUGCAGAAGCUCAUAAGAGUCAGCUCGAAGAGACUCUUUUGAAAGUAAAGCACCUAGAAAGCAUAGUAGAGGAGCUGCAAACCGAGGCAAUUAAUGCUGAAAAGGAGAAUGCAGGAUUAAGUGAGGCAAAUUUGAAACUUACUCAGGAAUUGGCCUCAUAUGAAUCUAAUUUCAGUGAUCUCCAAACCAGGUUAUCCGCUGCACACGUUGAAAGGGAUCAAACUGUUGAACGACUUCAGACAGCAGAGGGCCAAAUCAAAUUGGUUGAAGCAAAGGCUCUUGAAGCUUCAUCAGAUGUUGAAGCUCACAAGAAUCAGCUCGAAGAACGUGUUUUGAAAGUAAAGCAUCUAGAAAGCAUAUUAGAGGAGCUGCAAACCAAGGCAAUUAAUGUCGAAAACGAGAAUGCAGGGUUGAAUGAAGCAAGUUUGAGACUUAAACAGGAACUAACCUCAUAUGAAUCUAAUUUGAGUGAUCUCCAGAACAUAUUAUCUGCUGCAAAUGCUGAAAAGGAUGAAACUACUGAACGGCUUCAGAUUGCAGAGAAGACAGUAAAUGAGUUGAAAUCACAGCUGGCUUCUGAAGAACAAAGGCUACAGUCUCAGAUCGCUUCAAUUAUGGAAGACAACAACGUCCUCAAUGAGACAUACCAGAAGACCAAAAACGAAUUUCGGUUAGAGAUAUUGCAGCUGGAAGAAAAAUUGAAAGAACAGAGCAAGGUAGAAGAAUCAUUAAGAUCUGAAAUUGAAAAUCUUAAAGCAGAUAUCGCGGAGAAUAAUGGUUUAAAAAUACGCCAAAAAGAGCUUGAAGAAGAGCUAAGUAAAUCUGAAGCUCUACGGAAAGAUGAGGUUGAAAGUGUCCGGGCAACCGCUGCUGGAAAAGAGACAGAAUUGAUUUCCAAAUUGGAAGAUUAUGGACUAAAAGUUCAAGAUAGAGAUCAACUAAAUGAACAAGUACUUCAACUUCAGAAAGAAUUGCAGGUAGCAAAGGCGGAGAUUGCUGAACAGAAAGAGAAAGAUUCUCAAAAAGAGUUCGAACGAGAGGAUUCACUUAAGCGGUCUCUUCAAGAUCUGGAAGCGAAGGGCAAAGAAAUUCUUGCUCUAGAAACACAAAUCAAGGACCUCCAGCAGAAAUUGCUCCUGGCUGAGGCUAAGCCCAUAGAAAAGGCUGAUGGAGGCAGCUCGAUGGAGUCGAAGGACGGAGUAGAAAUCAAAUCCCGAGACAUUGGAUUAAACUUUUCAACUCCAACAAAAAGGAAACACAAGAAGAACAAAGAGGCAUCAGCAUCAACACCAUCUCCAUCUCCAUCUUCUGCUGAAACACACACUCAAAUUGCUGAGGUUUCUUCAAUCUCCUCUUUGAAGUUUGUUUUGGUAGUAGCUCUGAUCUCUAUUAUACUUGGUAUAUAUUUGGGGAAAAGGUAUUAAAUAUUUGUGGUUUUCGAUUUUUCCUUUUUUUGCCAAUCAUUUCCCCCUUGUUUUUUUCUUCUUUUUUCCCCCCCCAAAGCCUCUUUUUGUUUCUUCUUUCAAAUUUCUUUUUGAGUUUUAAGGUUUUUCUAGUCAGUUCGGGAAUUCGUUUUUUAAUUUCCAUCCACAGCCAGUAUGUAAAAGCAAAUACAAUUUGAUGAUACGUCCUAGUUCUCCUAGUGUGUAUUUAUUUUGUAUGCUCAAAAGUUGCAGAUGUAUAUGUAUUUUCUUUGUAAUGCAUUUUACAAGUCAUUAUGAUGGAAGCAUUUUACUUUUAUCCAUUCUCACCAUUUUAAGGUUGAACA